GCAGAGGCAAAAUCUAAUAUCUUCUACGACCGUCGUUUCCGUUCCGCGCCGGAUUUGCGCGCGUCUAUAUAUCUGGCACCGUCGUGUUAUGGUAUCAGGAAAGGAGUUAGUAGAAUUGGGGAACAAUCGGAGAGAAUUAUGCUGCGAUUGUGCGGAUUAUCGCGGCGGUGCAUUGGCCGUUUGCCCCAACUUCAGGCGUCUUCUUUUUCUUAUUCAAGGAGUUCCGAUAUUGCCUCCGAACCCCAAAUUUAUAUCGAGAAUUCGCGGCAUGGGUCUCCUGUUCCUGCGCUUUUGCGUGAAAAUCACCCUGAGGUUAUACCCUUCUCUUAUGCUUCCUUCUCCAAGGCCUCCGUAUUUGCUGUUGUGUCUGCUGCUGCUGUCGCCGCCGCCUCCGCCUGCACUGUUUUAAUAUCCGAUGUAGAGAAAUCGGAUGAGUCGAUUAAGAAGGUAAUUAAUAAGAUGACGCAGACAGGCGCUGCAGCCUCUGUUUUAUGCAAGUCUUUGAGGUCGUUGUUGUCUUCCGCAAACGAUGAGGUUAGAGCCGGUUUCGAACUUCGGGUGGCAGGGCUGUUAGCGGACAUUGUCGCGUCCAGCGAUAUCCGGAGAGCGGCGAUCGUUACUGCCGGUGGUGGUGCGGUGGUUGAUUGGUUGUUGGAAUCUGUAGCUGUCGCGAAGGAUAGGACUGGAGCCCAGUCUGAAUCGGCUAGGGCAUUGGCGUACUUAAUUGCUGAUCCGAAUUUGUGCGAGGCUGUUUUGGGUCGGCCUCAAGCUGUUCCAAAUCUGUUGAAGUUUAUAGUCUCUACUAAACCUCGCCGGUCGAAAAAGCAGCAAUCAAGACAUAGUUCAUUUGAUUUUUCUGAUAAAGGCAAGAGCAUGCUUGUCACUGCAAUUAUGGAUGUUGUCACUUCCAAUUGUAACAAUGUUGAGAAAUUAUCUUCUAAGCCUCUGUUGCCAAAAAUUGCUGAAGUUGGAGAUAUUGCAGCAGCUAUAGAAGUAAUUGAAGAAGGCGGGAUGUUCUUGGGCGAGCAGCAUGGGGAUGGAAUUGAUGAUGAUGAUGAUAUUGGUGGAACAGGAAUAAAGGGGAUUGGGAUCAAAGUUCUAGGAGGCACCUCAGUAAUAGGGCUUUCAAGAACUAGCAUGUUUGCUGAAGCGGAUCAUUCUGAUUCCUAUAACUCAAAUGCCGUGAAGCCUCAAAAGAGCUUAUUACUCAACAAUGAGAAUCAAAGAUCCACAGCCCAAAUGAAAUUUUCUUCUGCUGUAGUUCCUGGUCUUUGGGAUGACUUGCAUUGUGAACAUGUGGCAGUUCCAUUCGCUGCUUGGGCAUUAGCUAAUUGGGCACUGGCUUCUGACGUCAAUAGGGCUCAUAUUAAUGAAUUAGAUUGGGAUGGGCAUGCAGUUAUGAAAACACUGAUGGCACCUGAGAGGUCAGUAAAAUGGCAUGGCAGUUGGUUGGUUCAGUUGCUUCUAGAGGACCAUAAUCUGCCUUUGAAUGGUUCUGUUCCAGAUUGGGGCUCUAGUCUUCUUUCUACUAUAUCUCAAGCUAGCAAAGAUCAGGACAUAGCAUUAGCUCAAGUUGCUUUGUCGGCAUUAUUGAGUUCACUAGAAAGAAGCGGUGAAGCCAGGGAAGUAGCAGCCCAUAAGGGUCUUCAUUUGAUGAGACAAGCUGCUAAACAAACUGUCAAGGAGAAAACUGUUCAAGAAUCAUUGGCAAAAGCUUUAGAACUAAUCAGUUCCAAGGGACUGCAUAUGUCACUUGAGGAGAGUCAAAAGUGGUCUGCAAUUUUACUUUCAUGGGUAUUCGGAAAAACUUCUGACACGAUUCAUUCAGCUGCUAUAAAUAUUCUUUCUUAUGUCCUUGAUGAUUAUGGGCCAUCUUCUAUUCCCAUUUCUCAAGCAUGGUUAACUUUGAUAAUAUUGGAUAGCCUCGCACAUAGAAAGAAGGCUUUGACAGAAGAAAGUGCCAAGGUCGCCGAUGAUAAGGUUAAGACAAAGAUCGAUCUUUCUAAUGCCACUUCUGCAAGUCAAGCUGCAACACAGUUGGCAAAAUCUGUUGUUAUUUUAGCUCAGCCGCAACUGGGACGGGCCAUUCAAGGUGCCGAGGCAUCUUCAUUAGGAGAUCUCCUCUCUCUUGAACCCUUUGCUGUAUCAUUAAAGAACCUUAAGAGGGAAAAGACACAGAAGAUUACUGCUGCAGAUGCUGUAUCUGCCACUCUAAAAGGAAUCAAGGCACUUACUGAAAUAUGUACUGAUGAUCCUCUUUGUCAAGAAAAGAUAGCAGACUUUGGACUACUUUACCUUCUCAAACGGUUCUUGAUGGAAGAUGAUUACGAGCAGCUAGCUGUGCUUGAAGCAUGCGAUUCGUCACAAGCUCCUGAGGCACAAGGCAAGGUUGCAUCGUCCCCUUCUACAGUUGAUGGUUAUGAAAUUUCAAAACAGAUCCCCGACACUGCUCACAUUCGAAGGCACGUAGCACGUCUGCUUUCUAUUCUUUCUGUACUUCCAAAAGUCAAGAAGGCAAUUGUAAAAGAUAGUUCCUUGUGCAAAUGGCUUGAGGAAUGUGCUCGAGGGGAAAUUCCUGGUUGCAGAGGUGGUAAAAUUCAGAGUUAUGCCAGAGCAACAUUAUUAAAUGCAUUUUGCGCUGAUAUGGUCGAGAGUAAUGCAGAAGGAACUGGUAGUAUUGAUACCAAUUCUAUGCAAAAACAACAAUAUUGCCCACGCUAUACUGACAUGAUAUUUUUAAUUAAUCCUGAAUUACCUCAUUGGAAGUGUACAAGUCAGAAACUGUCAAACACUGUUGAAAAUGUGAAAACUGAUGGAGAUUCUAAUGAUAUGGAGAAUAGGCAAGUUUUGAGAACUUUUGAGGAUGAGUACUCAGCUACCUCUACUUCUGGAUCAGAAAAUUUGCCCGAUAUUCCUCCAUUGGAUGUUGUUUUUGUACAUGGUCUUCGUGGAGGUGCCUUCAAAACUUGGCGGGUAUCCGAGGAUAAAUCAUCAACAAAGUCUGGCCUUGUUGAAAAGAUUGAUGAAGAAGCUGGGAAACAAGGAACAUUUUGGCCUGGAGAAUGGCUCGGUGCAGACUUUCCUAAUGCCCGCAUAUUCAGUCUCAAAUACAAGACUAACCUUACACAGUGGUCUGGAGCCAGUCUUCCUCUACAGGAGGUUAGCUCAAUGCUGUUAGACAAACUCAUUGCUGCAGGCAUUGGGGAUCGACCAGUCGUAUUUGUAACACACAGCAUGGGAGGCCUGGUUGUCAAGCAAAUGUUGCACCAAGCUAAUGCGACAAAAAGGGAUAAAUUUGUCAAUAACACCGUUGGAAUUGUUUUUUAUAGUUGUCCCCAUUUCGGUAGCAAGCUUGCUGAUAUGCCCUGGAAAAUGGGUCUUGUGUUGCGCCCUGCUCCCUCUAUAGGAGAAUUGAGGAGCGGGUCACCAAGGCUAGUCGAGCUCAAUGAUUUCUUGCGCCACCGUUUCAAGAAAAAGUCAGUCGAUGUCCUCAGUUUCUGCGAGAUGAAGGUCACUCCAAUUGUUGAAGGCUAUGGAGGCUGGGCUUUUCGAAUGGAGAUUGUUCCCAUGGAGUCGGCAUAUCCCGGAUUUGGUGUGCUCGUCGCUUUAGAUUCCACGGAUCAUGUAAAUUCUUGCAAGCCAUUGAGCAAGGCUGAUCCCUCUUACAGAGAAACUCUAGAGUUCCUGGAAAGGCUCAAGUCACAAUACACCAUUGAAGAAGAGCCUGUACAGAAGUAGAUAGCCAUGAUUCUCAGCAGCUCUCGAAACUGUAAAAAGAAAGCAGAGCUCUGGUGGACACACGAUGACUAGAAAUUGAAUAUACAUUGUACAGAUUCUGUUGUUUUUUUUUUUUUGUAAUGUGCAUAUUUAAGUGUUUAUUAAUUUUAUUCUUUAUUCAUAAUCA